AUGCCGAAAUCAAUCCUCCUGAUCAACGGUCCCAACCUAAACCUCCUCGGCACCCGCGAGCCCCAAAUCUACGGCAGCACCACCCUCGCCGACGUCGAGCGCAACGCACUGGCAACCGCAACCAAGAACGGCGCCAGCCUAGAAUCCUUCCAAAGCAACCAUGAAGGCGCAAUUGUGGACCGGAUCCAAGCAGCCCGCGGCAAAGUCGAUGGCAUCGUCAUUAACCCGGGCGCGUACACGCACACAUCAGUGGCGAUUCGGGACGCAUUGCUGGGCGUGGGCAUUCCCUUUAUCGAAUUGCAUGUUAGCAAUGUUCAUGCGCGCGAGCCUUGGAGACAUCAUUCUUAUUUCAGUGAUAAGGCUGCGGGUAUUAUUGUUGGACUCGGGGUUUAUGGGUACCAGGUUGCUGUUGAGCAUGUUGCGGUUAAUUUUAAGGAAUUGGAGAAGGAGAGUAAGGCUGCUCUUUAA